AUGGUAUCCGCAUUUCGGGACUGGUUCGAUGAAGAUGAACGUUUUACUGGUGAUGAUGAAAAUGAAGGCAAUUUGCAAAUUCCGGAUCAACCACCAUUGCAUGACGAGGAUAUUAUGGAAACGGACGACCGCUACGAUAUUGAACUAGAUGGCGAUGACGACGAACAACUACUGGAGGUUCCAUUGGGGCUAGUGUUUCGAAUUUCUUGUUACGCUCAUACCCUUCAACUUCUUGCUAAGGAUGCGAUAGGUCGGAAUCCUAAAAGUCAAAGGGUACUCAAAGACGUUCAUGGAAUUUUGAAUUUUUUUAAAAAGUCCAAUUACUGGCGGGCUCGACUAAGUAAUGUAAUGGGGAAGGAAUUGAUUAAGCCGGCACCGACAAGAUGGAACUCAAAUUUUUAUGUUCUUAAAAGAUUGACCGAGGAGUCUGUCUAUGAAACGGUGUCUAAUUUGAUUCUGGAAGCCUGGAUAUCUCCGAGGAGACCAAAACAUGUUCCAGAAAUUCCAACAAUGCAAAAUAUGGAAAUUUUGGUUGAGCUACGCAAUCUUUUAUCCCCUAUUACAGAAGCCACAAACUCUCUACAAGCCGACGGAAUUACUUCUAGCCUAAUUUAUUAUCAAAUAGUGCCAACAUUUGAUGAGAUCGCAAAACUCAAAACGAAACAUUUUACACCACUAAAAUCCCAGCUACUUCAAGAAAUAAUUCGUCGAUUUGGCGAGAAAAUCACGCUGGACAAUCACAUCAUAAUUAGUGCGAUACUUGAUCCCAGACAAAAGUUGGACGUAUUUCGAAUGAAUAUUAGCUGCAAUGGAGUUACAAAAUUGGAAACACCCGCUGCAGAAAAAGCUACAGACUUUCUUAGGAUGUUGGUUUAUCCAAAUGGGCCACCUAAAAGUACUCCCGUAACCACAACCCCGAAUCUGAAUGACCCAUUCUCAAAAUUGGCAGCCAUUCCAUCAGAACCAGGAUUCACCUCGGACGAAGUGGACCGCUAUCUGGCUCUUCCGCGGAUACCCUCAACAUCUGACCCGCUUGAAUUCUGGGCGCAAAAUCCAACGUAUUUUCCUAAACUUAGCAAACUUGCAAAACAAUUUUUAGGAAUUCCGGCAUCGACAGGUGGCGCGGAAAGAUUGUUUUCAUCGACCGGGUCUUUGGGGAGAGCUCGAUGUUCAAGUCUGCUUCCGGUAACUUUAGAAAACAUGGUCUUGCACAAAGAACAUCGCGUUCCAACUUUAAUGAAGAAAGUUAACGACCGGAAAAAAUCCAGGAAGAGAAAAAUUGUCACAGAAAGCAGCCCAGGCACAAACAUGUGGAACGAGAAAGAGGACGAAAGUGUUGUAAAAUGGUAUGGUUUCCUCGUAUAUUUGAUUAAAGAUUAUAUAUUAUCUUAA